GCCGGGAAAGGCGCCCCGAUGUUCCCGCCCACCGCGGAGAUCCCCGCGCGUCACGUGGAGCGGGAAAUGGGUGCUGUGUAUGCAAAUAUAUGCAAAUAGUAUGUUAAUGAGGGGUCUGCCAGCAGCGCGGGCUGACAGCCGGGGAGACGGGGCAGGAUCCGGGAGGGGACACGAGGGCCAUGGAGCCCCCGCGGCGGGUGCGCCUCAAGCCCUGGCUGGUGGCCCAGGUGAGCAGCCGGCGCUUCCCGGGGCUGCGCUGGCUCGACCCCGAGCGCCGCCGCUUUGUCAUCCCCUGGGGACACGCCACCAGGAACCCCCCGGGGCCCCAGGACCACGACACCAUCUUCAAGGCGUGGGCGCAGGAGACGGGCCGGUUCCGGGCCGGGGACCCCCCGGACCCCCCGCGCUGGAAGGCCACGCUGCGCUGCGCCCUCAACAAGAGCCGCGAGUUCCGGCUGCUGCUGGACGGGCCCCGCGCGUCCCCGGCACAGCCCUUCCGCGUCUACGAGCUCUGCGAGGAGCCCCCCGGGGGCGCAGACGGGGGGGACGAGGAUGACUAUGGCUGCAGCGGGGAGGAAGACGUCAGCCAGCUCCACAAGAUGACAUCCCUGAGCAUCGAUGACACGCAGCACGGGGGGGACCUGCUGCCCCCCUACCCCUGGCCCAAGGAAGAGGUGCCCCCCUUUGCCAGCCGCUGCCCCCCGGGGGGGCUCUUUGGGGCUCCCCCCCCGGCGCUGCUCCAGGGGGAGGCGGGGGGCACCCACGGGGCCCCUGAGCUGCUCCCCGGCGCCCUCGCUGCGAUGGGGCCCCCCCUGGGCCCCCCGGGACCCUCGUCCUCCUGCCCGGUGGCACCGACAGAGCAGCUGAUCCCCGACCUGCUCGUCAGCCCCCACAUGCUGCCACUGACUGACCUGGAGCUGAAGUUCCAGUACCGGGGCCGCCAGGUGUGCGCCCUGACCGUCAGCAACCCGCACGGCUGCCGGCUGUUCCACAGCAGCCUGGAGCCCACGCGGGAGCAGGAGGAGCUCUUCGGGCCCCUGACGCUGGAGCAGGUGCCCUUCCCCGCUCCCGACGCCAUUCCCAACGAGAAGCAGCGCUUCUACACCCACCAGCUGCUGGACGUGCUGGACCGAGGGCUCAUCCUGGAGCUCCAGGGCCAGGAUCUCUUCGCCCUGCGGCUCUGCCAGUGCAAGGUCUUCUGGACGGGGCCCUGCGCCGCUCCCCAGCCCGGCCCCAACCCCAUCCAGAGGGAGAGGAGGACCAAGCUCUUCAGCCUCGAGGGCUUCCUCAACGGCCUCAUCCAGUUCCAGAAGGGGCAGACCCCCACGCCGCCGCCCUUUGAGAUCUUCCUCUGCUUCGGCGAGGAGUGGCCGGACCAGAAGCCCAAGGAGAAGAAGCUGAUCACGGUGCAGGUGGUGCCGGUGGCGGCGCGGCUGCUGCUGGAGAUGUUCUCCGGGGAGCUGUCCUGGUCGGCCGACAGCAUCCCGCUGCAGAUCUCGCACCCCGACCUCAAGGACAGGAUGGUGGAGCAGUUCAAGGAGCUGCACCAGCUGUGGCAGAGCCAGCAGCGGCUGCCGCCGGCGCAGCCCCCGCCCGGCCCCUCGGCAGGGCCCUGGGCGCUGCCACCCGGGCCCCUGCCCCACUGACAGGGACAGGGGACGCGUGGCACCGCCAGCCGGGGUGAGUCACUGCGUGGCCAUCGCCGCUGCUGGGGCCGGGGCCACCCAGCACCAUCCUCAUCCCUGUCCCUCCCCUGUCCCCGUGCCUGUCGCCCCAGAGCUGUCAGUGACAGCACCAGGGUGCCCUGCAGGGCAAGGGGACCGUGGCCCCCGCCCUGGGGCAGCCCUGCGCCCCUCCUGCACUGCCAAGGACCAGCCCCCUGGGAUUUUCAGGGAAACAGCAAGCAAACAGGGGCUGGGGCCACCUUGGACCUGGAGCCCCCAGCAUGGGGGUUACCCAGCACUGGGGGGGCGCAAAGCAGCCCCAGCCCUGGGAGGAGAACCAGAGGGACCGUGGGAGGUUUUAAUUUAUUUUUUCAGUUUUUUGUUGUUUUUUUAUUGUUCUCGAGAUGGCUACACACCCCCGGAGGGAACCGCAUGCGCCCGCCCGCCCUGCCCGCACUCGAGCCACCGCCUCCUACCCCAAAAUCAAACCAAAGAAAACCCCGAAAAAGGGAAAAAAAAAAAAAGAAAAAACCAAACAAGAAAACAAACAAAAAAAAAGCAGAACAAAAUAAAAUAUAAGUCU